ACGGUCGUCAGAGGAGCCGGGCAUGUUCGAACAUAUCCAGGCAGACCAGCCUACCGAGAUCCACGGUGACGUUGUUGCGCACGGAUUGGAUUUAUUCACACAGACUAUGUGAGUUUUGUGCUGGCUGUCAUUUCCAAUGCCAUAGUGUCUUCUCUUUCCACGAGGGACACGUAACACUGGGAGCCUAUGAUAUGUGUGUUGUUGACUGAUCCAUCCUGAGACACGGCGCCGCUGAAGACCUUUCUAAGAAUUGGCUUCCCCCCCGCCCCCCCCCUGAAGAUUGGCCAUGUCUCUUCCGGCCAAGGUGAUGAGAGACGGGCUGCUGGAGAAGCGCAGCAGCGGGCUCCUCCAGCUGUGGAAGAAGAAGCGCUGCGUGCUCACCGAGGACGGGCUGCGCCUGCACAACUGCAGAGGCGGCGGCGCGCCGGGCUCGGCGUGGAGCUCCAACGCCAAGGAGCUUCGCUUCGAGCGCAUGGUCACGGUGGACUGCGUGGAGUACAAGCGGGGGCUGGUGUAUUUCACCGUGGUCAUGGCCACGGGCAAGGAAGUCGACUUUCGGUGUCCGCAGGACGGCACGGCGUGGAACGCGGAGAUCGCCCUGGCACUGGUGCGCCACAAGAACCUGCAGGCCGUGCAGACGGGCAGGAACCGACACCUGUCCACCGCGCACCUGGGCAGCACUGGGGAGGACGAGGAGCUCUGAGGCCUUUCUGGGACUGAACCAAUCAGAGUGGAGAAGAGCAGAAGACACCAGAUCCAUCAGCUUUGUUCGGUGGUGCACGGCAUGAUGGGAUAUGAAUCAGUGAAUAUGGAUUAAUGGACUGAGCACAAGAGUUGCAGACACUCUUCUUGUUUUCCCAAUAAGCUUAAUCGCACUGUCAUACAAACCAUAGGAAUCUGAAAUACUGUAAGCAUGGAUGUGUUUUUUUUUCUUUCAUGACCUCAUCGCUUGAGGUCAACGAUGAGGUCGCCGCAUAAGGAAAGGUAAAAAGAUGGCGGAAUAUGGACGGAAACUGAGGAGCUGGGACACUGUUCACACCUGUGCCUUGAUGCCUCAAAUAUGUCUUCUAUUUUUCUGGCACAUUUUCCUGGCAAUUUCUAAUGUCGCUGAAACAGGAGUCACUUUGUUUUUCUUCAGUCUUACUUCUAAUGGAAACAUAUUGCAAUGUGACUGGCUUUGAAACGUUUUGUAACAGACUGAACAGGUCUGCUUGUUUUUCCAAAGUUGAACAUGAAGAAGAAGUAUUGUUUUGCUCAUAUUCUUUGCACAUUUUAUUCUAUAUAUUUGCUAAAAACCAUGCACAGUAUUCUAGUUUAAGAUUAAAUAAACAAAUAAAAAAAUGUUUCAGUAAUCCCAAAG